UCUGGUGACACUGGUGAAACUGCCCCUCAGCCUCUGGCUCUGAAAGGCGCAUUUCUCUUUCGGAGGACAGAAGCGCCUGUCCCAAAGUAGCCAGGCCAUUCAGAAAGGCCUGCCUGAAACUUCACGGCCUCUGCUCUAGCAGACAGUUUCUCCGUAAAUUGCAGACCAUUUCUCUCAAAUCUGCUGCUUGAAGCAGCACAUCCACCACUUGAAAUUAUCUUUCAUUGGUUAGGGUAGGCUUUUCAAACACGCUUGCUAAAUCACACAACCUUCUCUCUUCCCUCUUUCUGCAGCCUGAGCAAAAGAUGUGGCCAUGGUUGCCCACAGCAUGGGUAACAGCAUGCCUACCUUGCUGCUCCUGCUGCAGAACAAGAGCUACCCCAAACCCAACAUCCCUCCUGUUGCCUACAAGGGGAUGGGGUCCCCCGUGGCACCCAGCUCAACCAGGAACCACACUGCCUUGCAGCAUCACCUGAGGCCGUGGGAGAUUGCAGCAGCCAGCAUGCUUUGGGCAGCACUGUGGCUGGUUUAUCUUGGAAACUCCCUCCUUUGCUUAGUGAUCCACCACAGCAGGAGGACACAAUCCACCCCCAACCACUUUCUUGUCGCCAUGGCCUGCGCAGACCUUCUCCUCAGCGUCGCAAGCGUGCCCGUCAUGCUGCUCCACUUGGCCUACGGCAGGUGGGUACUGGGGAACGUCACCUGCAAGCUGGUAAGGUACGUGCAGUACCUUACCCCUGGAGUCCAGGUAAACAUGCUCCUCUGGAUCAGUGUUGAUUGCUUCUACACCGUCGUCUACCCCCCAACCUUCAAAGUCUUCAGGGAGAAAGCCAAGAAGAUGAUUCUGGCCUCUUGGCUCCUGGGCACAGGAUUUGCGGCACUGGAUUUCUUCUUCUAUGGCUCCAGCAGUGACCACCGCUGCCCCUUUUUCCCCCCAGGGUCUUGGCAAGGAGUUGCCUACAGUAUCACCCAGCUCCUGGUGGUCUUUCUGAUCCCAGCCAGCCUCAUUAUCCUCUUCUACCACCGGCUCAUCAUGUACAUCUGGAGAACAGGCUUUGACGGCAGGGCUGUCAGAAGGACAAGGAAUAUUGUCCCAAGAAGAAAGCUGAAAACCAUCAAGAUGCUCUUAGUGGUGAGCGUGGUGUUUCUCCUGUCCUGGCUCCCUUUCCAUGUGAGAAGUAAAGAGGAGGAAGAUGGCCUGGGCUGUUGA